CCGACAUUUACAAAAAUCUUUAGUUUCUAAAAAAUUUGCGACAUUGUAAAUUCUCACUGUAUUGAAGGAUCAGCUGAGUUUUGUUUUCAUUGUAUUUUGAAUGGCGUGUCUCUGAAAAUUACACUGGGUGCGUUUGAAAUUGAAAAAUGUCGAAUAUGAACGAAAUAAAGUCUUUGGAACAUGCUACCUUGAAGGUGCCCUACGAGGUAUUUAAUAAGAAAUACCGUAAUGCCCAACGAGUUUUGGACGUGGAAGCCCGUCAUGUCUCUUCAUCCGCUGACAGCGUAGAUUCCGCUGCUAAGAAAGGCAGCACAGCUAAGGAGAUUGACGCUUUGCUGGGUGGUAUGGUAGAGAAACUAACUACCAUGAAGCGCAAGGCAUCUGAGGCGAUAACGGAGGAGGUGCAAGCGGCUUUUGUGUGCAAAAAGCGGUUGGAACAUCUGAAGGAGCAGGCAGAGGCCCUGGCUGAUCCCAAUUCGCCGCAGGUUAAGACCACAAUGAACCAGUUCCGCAAGGUGCGUCUGGACCGCAUGAUCGUGGAUUACUUCCUACGCAACGGUUACUAUGACUCCGCCGCUCGCCUCGCCGACGCACGCGGUCUGAGGGACCUCACUAAUGUUGAUAUAUACGCGGCAGCGGCCGAGGUGGAAGCGGAGCUUGGCGCGCGCCGCACCGCGCGCUGCCUGCAGUGGUGCGCCGACAACCGCUCCAAGCUGCGGAAACUCAACUCCAACAUGGAGUUCAAGAUACGCGUCCAGGAGUUUAUCGAGCUGGUUCGCGAGGACCGGCGUCUUGAAGCGGUGCGAUACGCCAAGAAACACUUCAGCACAUACGAAGAUGGGCAGUUGGAUGAUAUUCAGCACUGUAUGGGCAUGCUCGCCUUCCCUAAAGACACAGACGUGGAGCCCUACCGCUCUCUGCUCGGCGCGUGGCGGUGGUCGGCCCUGGUGCAUCAGUUCCGCGGCGAGCACGCGCGGCUGUUACACCCGGCCGCGCUGCCCCCCCUGCCCGUGACGCUGCAGCUCGGUCUAGCUGCGUUGAAUACGCCUCAGUGCUACAACGAGGCAACCCGCGUAUCGGCGUGCCCGGCGUGCGCGCCCCCCCUCAACGCGCUGUCCCGCUCCCUGCCGCAUGCGCACUGCUCGCGCUCGCGGCUGGUCUGCCGGCUGUCGCGCCGACCACUCAACGAGCACAACCAGCCGAUGGUGCUGCCCAACGGCCAGGUCUACGGCGAGCUGGCUCUCAAGGAGAUGAUGAAGGAACACGGAUCCAUCAUAUGCCCCAAAACCAAGGAGGUGUUCUGCAUGAAACGCGUAGAGAAGGUCUACGUCAUGUAGACGACAUGUACACUACAGUAAAAGCAUUCUGAGAUUUAUUCAUAUAAAUCACAUUUUGCUUCGAUAUAUUAUACUACACUUACCCCUAAGGCCGACUUAUUGAUAUAUUAUACUCAGAGAUAUUAAAUA